AUGACCACGUUUCUUCCAGUCAACUUCAACAACACCGGCGCGGAGAUCAAGAUGGAUUUUCAAAAAAGCUCCACGGCGCCUUUCAUGCCUCAGACGGAACGCUCGGUGAAGCGUGAGGCCCGAGAACAAGGCCAUCCCCUCUACAUACCCGCGAAUCAUGGCGAGAACAAGCGCCAGGCGGUUGAUGGAGCCGCGACCGAUCAUCCCAAGCCGAAUUACUCGCAUCCGAACCCGGGCGUUUCGCACAGAAGUGGGAGCAGGGAAGGCUCUUCAACACAAUCUUCCGCCCCAGAAGAUGUCGCUGCGCAUGAUUCAGAAGGGGAACACUAUGCAAGUGAGAACGAAGCCGAGGCCGGAGAUGCCGCACCUCCGUCGAAAAAGAAAAAAGGGCAACGGUUUUACUGCAAAGACUUUCCUCCUUGCAACCUGAGCUUUACGAGAAGUGAGCAUUUGGCUCGCCAUAUAAGAAAGCAUACUGGCGAACGACCGUUUCAGUGUCAUUGCUCAAGGCGAUUCUCUCGCCUGGACAACCUCCGUCAGCACGCACAGACCGUCCAUGUCAACGAAGACAUCCCUGGCGACUCGCUUGCUGCCACAGGAACUCGAUUCCAGCGCCAGAUACGGACUGACCGUGUACGGCCCCCCGGGAGAGCCCGUGCUGGGACUGGUGGCAGCCAAACUGGCGGCCCUAAUCGCGGACACAGCAGGAAUUUAUCCACCUCGAGCAUUGCUUCUACUGUUUCCUCCUUUAGUCAGACCCAGGAACUCAGACGACGACCACCACCGAUAAUAAUGGCUGGCGAUGGAGCGGCACGAGCCAGGCUGUCUCUAGAAACAGCCUCGUCACCCCCCAAGACUCCCCCUCAGCAGAUCCACCCAUAUUCUGUGCAAUCGCCGAGCACAGCCCUUUUUACUCCGUCUUCCGCUACCUAUGACACAACCAGCCCUUUUUACGCAUCUCCUGCCUCAGCAACUGGAUUCUGGGGCGAUAGCAUACACGCUCGUCGGCUGUCGGUUCCAUCUGGGAGUAGACCUUUUGACGCCUCGCAUGCAAGCUCAUACCCCCCUGCGCAUCUCAGGCAGCUUGCGCCUGCAAGUGGCCCUUAUGCUGGCAAUGAGAGUCCUUUAGGAGGCCCCACUGGACCUCACACCCCACAGAGUGCACAAGGGAUGUCCCCGUCUGACUCUGACUGGAGACGGAGGACCUGGCACCCAAGCAGCGGGUUCGCACGACCUGUAAGUAGUGGUCUUUGGAUUCAGCAGUCAGCCGACCAACCUUCAUCGUUCCCGCCAAACUUGCAAUCAGUGCCAGAUCAACCUCCACCGAGGCUUCCGGGAAUCGAGAGUUUCGAUCAAAUACGGCAGAAUCCCUCAGCCCCUCCACGGCGCGAACCUACUCCGAUGCAAAUCGACCAUCCUGCUCUAUCAGACCAGUCGUCCACACAACAAACUCCCACUGCUCCCGUAUUUCCAACAUCGUUUAACCCACACCCCCCUCUAUCACGUCCGCCACCACCUAUUUCAGGUCCCGGCCACCGUAGGGGAUAUCUAUCUUUGGAUAUGUCCCUGCACAGAAAUUUGACCAAGCUUGAUAUUCGAGAAAAGCCUUCUCAAAAUGAUGCAAGUCAAUGGGGCAAGCAAACGACAACGGUCCAGCAAGAGCCACUUUCAGCUGAAUCUGUUGUGUCCGGGGUUACAACUCAGGCUUUACCGACCAUCACAUCGUCAGAAUCACACACCGUUUUGGGACCUACCAAUCUUGAUGGUCAGAAUAAGAGACAUGCUUGGUAUAGUGUCACAGGUUCCAAUCCUCCACAACGAAAUCCAUCAAUUACCAACGCUCCUCCUGAUGCCAAUGCACAAGCCCCGUCAGCGUCGAGCGUUGACUACCUUGCAACUGUUGCGCAAAAUGAAAGCGAAAUAGAGCGCCGCCAUUCAUUGGGAGUUGCUGAUGGUAGCGGAACUUCUUCGCAGCCGCCAAAAUACACUUUUGAUCCCAACUCAGAACCACGUUCCGGUGUUUAUUCUGGCCCGGCGGGAAACGAGAAUGGUCUGGACCGACUGGAGGCCCUCGUUGCUGUUGCAACCAGCCAGCGGCGGUAA